CCUCAGUUGUUUUUUUUUUCUCGUUGAAAAUUUUUGUUUUUUACUUUUGAUUGACUAAUUAAUCCGUUUACUGAAUGUUUUUAAAUUAUUUUUUUCCAAUAUUUGACAGUCUUAAUUUGCUUAAAGUGACCUGAAAGCUAUGUCACCCAUAGCAGAUGCGUAUGCUUGUAAACCGUGUUCUGUUGUUGUUCACAAAUUGUCUGCUGAAUUUGUUGAUGAUGCACUAAAAGGUAGGAUCAAAUGGAAAGGUUUGUUCAAAGGAAAAUCAUACCGUCGAUAUGGAACCGAUACGGAAAGUUUUAUAAGAUCAAAACUUGCCGGUAAAGUGAAACAUGAGAAAGAGGUGAUUGAUGUUUGUGAGCGACCCCAAAGGAAACCAUUGAUAGAUAUUAGUGAAGAGCCUGAAGAGGAGCCUGAAUUAAACUCACCCGAAGAAGAAGAUGAAAAAGACAAAGAAUUCACUUUACCUACGAGUGGAAGGCAAUUAAGAGCUCGAAAACCUAGAAAAGUGAUAACAUUUACGUGCAAAGAAUGUGACUUCACAACUUCGGAACAAGAAACGUUACUACUUCAUUCAGCUGCUCAUAAAAGUGUUUGUGAUGAUUGUAAUUUAACGUUUGAGAAUAAGUUUAAAUACCAGUUGCAUGUUUAUGAAACUCACGAGCCUCCAGUUGAAUUAACUCGAUACAUAGUCUAUGGAUGUAAAGUUUGCCAUCACUUUUUUGAUCAAGAAACUGAUGCUUAUAAUCAUUUAACCUCUCACGCAAAUAUAAUUGAAGGUGGCAAAUAUGCUUGUGCUUUAUGCCGGUCAACCUAUUUUAAAGAGGCCAGUUUGAACACUCACUUGACCACCAAACACAUUUCAUAUAAAUGUACAUUUUGUGAUUUUCUUGGCUCCUCUUUUGACAUUUUGGAAAGACAUUCGCUCAAUACCCAUGCUGCUUAUGGAAAACCUUAUCCAUGUAAUUUAUGUGAUUUUCGUAGUUCCACCUUUGGGGCUUUAUCUCUUCACCGGAAACAUAACCAUGCACUUGAAGAUGAUGGGAAUAUUGAAAGAUGUCGAUUAUGUUUCACUCAACUUGAAUCAGAGAAGCAAAUUUUAUUGGAACAUCUCAUAAGUCAUGUUGAUCAUUGUCUAAUUAGCUGUAACAUUUGUGACUAUAGAUGUAAUUCUUUUCAACUUAUGACCAAUCAUGGUUUGGAAUUUCAUGGACUUCAAGGUCUUGAUGUAUUCGCUAAUUUAAUUGAUCCUGAUGUUCUGUCAAAAUAUGUGAAAGCGGCUCUUGAUUCUCAAUAUGGUUCAGCGAAAAAAAAAGGUACCCGAUCUAAACCAACAUGUACAGAAACCAACAUGGCCAUUGCAGGUAUUUCCGCCAGCGGGUACAUGGGUCUUGAUCCAAUCAUGGAUUCACCGGUUAAAGUUGUACCCAUGGAAAGUAGUGCAUUGAAUAUUCAAGGUGUCAUGGCUGAUCAAGAUCCUUUCUUAGGUGGUUACUCUGUUUUACAUACACCAUUGGAUCCAAUGAUAUCGUUUAGUAAUUCAGUUAAUGAAGAAGAGACCGAACAAAAUGAUUUACUUGAUUCAACUCAUGGUUUUCCUAUGCAAGUUUUUUCUAACCAAUCUGAUCAUAUGAAUAUGAAUAAUAAUAUGAAUAAUAAUAUGAAUAGUAAUAUGAAUAUGCAUAUGAAUAUGAAUACGAAUAUGAGUAUGAAUAUCAACUCAAAUAUGAAUAUUCAAGAGAAUGUUAUGGAAAAUCAAGAUCAUUCUGAUCCACAAACAAGUGUCACUGUUCAUCCAUCAUGUGACCCCUUGGGUAUGGCUUUCGAAUCGACCGUUUCUCAUGCUUCGAUGCAAUCACAAAUUCCUAUUCCAUCUGAAGGUAUUCUAUCAGUUGAUCCUGAAACUGGUCAAUUAUUCCUACAAGGAUACCCUGUUUUCGACGAGAAAGGACAAGCAAUUUACGUUGCCAUCCAUGAAUCGGUACAACCAAAUCUUGAUAACGAUUCAAUAGCUAAAAACGUUAAAGAUUGUGUACAAACGGCCAACGAAGAAUCAACCGAACCAGUGCCGAACGGAGAUAUCUCCUGAUUCCACAUCUUGAAGCACAAACCCAAUCAAAUUUUCAUAUUUAUACGAAUAUACAAUAAAUCAAACAAUUUCUAAUCUUUAAUAAUCAGAUUGAUUGUUGGACUUUCUCUUUGGGAAAACAAUUCAAUCUCUUUUUUAUCGGUUACAAAAAUUGUCGAUCAUUUUUUCUUUCCCUCUUUCUAUCUAAUCUUUAAAUAUUUUCUCAUUUUCUAACAAUUAAGAUGUUACAGAAAAAAAAAAUAUUUUCAAUCGCUGUUCACAUCAUCAAAUUGAACGAAACUAAAUUUUGUGUUAAUUUUAUUAUGUACAAAACCUAAAACUCGUACCAAGUUUCGACUGUAUUAAAAUACUUAACAUUAACUUGAAUUCAUUAAUAAUCUUCAAUUGUCAUCUCUUCCCAAUCGAUUGCCAAAUCAAAUCAAAUCCAUUGGGUUGAUUAACAGAGAAUUUUUGUUUUUCUAACUUCCUUUAUAAUUUACAUUAUUAAAAUAAAUUUUCCUUUUUAAGUAAAACUA